GUCAAAAUGACAUUACAUCAAUAAUGCAUUUUCAAAGUGCAAUAUUAUUACAAAAUUAAUUCAAUGUGCGAAUUUGCUAAACAAAAUGAUUACGUUGCCAAAAACCAAGAGGGAUCCGAAAAAGGUCGAGGGUUUUUGCAAGUGCCGCCCUAUAUGCAAGAGUAGAAGACGAGAAUGGAAGGGUCAAGUCCAGUUGACUUCGGAAGAACUUCUCUUGGAGAGGAAGCCGAUUCCUGAUUGCUUCCGGCGACGUCCUAGAGAAGUGUUCCCUAACGGCCCGUGCCCCCUCCUCGGUCGAAGCAAACAGCUCAAUAUUAAGGAGCGCUAUGCAGAACGCAAACCCCAUGUCGUGCGCAUCUGCCAGGCCCCAUUGGACGUCGCUGUGGAGACGCCUUAUCUGGACUUUGUCGCGCAAGCUAUUAAACUUGGAGCCCUGCCAUUGAUAGGUAAAACGUGUUGCGCGUUCUGUAACUGCGGAGCUUGCUGUGACUGCAGCGGCUCAAACUAUGAACCGAAAGACGCGGAACGCGCUGCUCUGCGCCGCGCACACAUGCGCGAGUUCGAUCGUCGCCUAUGUGGGCUGCAAGAGUCGCGCAUCAUGUAUGACUGAUGGACGUACAAAGCGGGAUUUUUCUUACGCAUCUUUCUAUGAUAACCAAUAAGGCUGUCAUAUAUUUAAUUGCUGCCGAAUAUGGGUGCUUAUUAGCCAAUAAGCAAUCGAAAACUUCAAUCGAAACUUAUAUGUAGGUUACAUGCACCUAUGGAAAGGAUCAUGUAAUUUUUCUUCGCGUCUGUACGAUAUAAGUAUCUAAACAAUUGCAAUCUUGGUUACAGCCCUGGUAGCAUGGAAAAAUGCGGUGACAUUAAAGAACCUGUGUAAAUAAAUUGUUAACCUGUGUUAAAAAAUAAAAACUUA